GCUGCGAGUGCGCGAGCAGCGCGCUCCCGCCACCCGCGUCGCCAUCUUUUCCCCUUCUGUCUGUCUGUCGGCGGGUGCUUUGUCCGUCUGCAGCGCCGCCCCUCGGCUACCUGCCACCAGUUCAGCCCGGAGCCGCCCUCCGCCUGCCGGGACCCUGUCCCGGAAAGGCGCGGCCCGGCUGGGCUCGAGCUGCGGCCCGAGGCCCAUUGUCCGGCGGUCUGUCUGUCCGGAGGCGGGGCCCAGGGACACGGAGCGAGCGGAGCGCGGAGGCGUUGGAUACAAACCACUCGGAUUCGGGCGAGUUUGCUUUGCGCCGUGGGAACCGCAGCAGAGGUGGAGGUCAGCACCUUACAAGGAGGUAGGAACAUAUCCAGUCGUGAAACUGGGAAAGACCAGAGCUCUUGGAUCAGGGAAACAUGUCCCGUCGGAAACAGACAAAUCCAAAUAAAGUUCACUGGGAUCAAGUAUUUGCGGGGCUGGAAGAGCAAGCCCGCCAGGCGAUGAUGAAAACUGAUUUUCCUGGAGACCUUGGCAGUCAGCAACAAGCUAUCCAACAACUAAGAGAUCAGGACUCCAGUAGCAGUGACAGUGAGGGUGAUGAAGAGGAGACUACACAAGAUGAAGUCUCUUCGCACACAUCAGAGGAAGAUGGAGGGGUGAUCAAAGUGGAGAAGGAGUUAGAAAAUGCAGAGCAGCCUGUUAGUGGGAACGAAGUGGUAGAACAUGAGGUCACAGAGAAUUUGAAUUCUGACCCCCUGCUUGAACUCUGCCAAUGUCCCCUCUGCCAGCUAGAUUGUGGGAGUCGGGAGCAGCUGAUAGCGCACGUGUACCAGCACACUGCCGCAGUGGUGAGCGCCAAGAGCUACAUGUGUCCUGUCUGUGGCCGAGCCCUUAGUUCCCCAGGGUCAUUGGGCCGCCACCUCCUAAUCCACUCCGAGGACCAGAGGUCUAACUGUGCUGUGUGCGGAGCUCGUUUCACCAGCCAUGCCACCUUUAACAGUGAAAAACUUCCUGAAGUACUUAAUAUGGAAUCCCUACCCCCAGCCCACAAUGAGGGCCCCUCCAGUACCGAGGGUAAGGACAUUGCCUUUAAUCCUGUAGUGUACCCUGCUGGAAUUCUGCUUGUGUGCAACAACUGUGCUGCCUACCGUAAACUCCUGGAAGCUCAGACCCCCAGCGUACGCAAGUGGGCCCUCCGUCGACAGAAUGAGCCUUUGGAAGUACGGCUGCAGCGGCUGGAACGAGAACGGACAGCCAAGAAGAGCCGGCGGGACAACGAGACCCCUGAGGAGCGGGAAGUGAGGCGAAUGAGGGACCGGGAAGCCAAACGCCUGCAACGCCUGCAGGAGACUGACGAACAACGGGCCCGCCGGCUGCAGCGGGACCGGGAAGCCAUGAGGCUGAAGCGGGCCAACGAGACCCCGGAGAAGCGGCAGGCCCGGCUCAUCCGGGAGCGGGAGGCCAAGCGGCUUAAGAGGCGGCUAGAGAAAAUGGACAUGAUGUUGCGAGCUCAGUUUGGCCAGGACCCUUCUGCCAUGGCAGCCUUAGCAGCUGAAAUGAACUUUUUCCAGCUGCCGGUGAGUGGGGUGGAGUUGGACAGCCAGCUCCUGGGCAAGAUGGCCUUUGAAGAGCAAAACAGCAGCUCCUUACACUGAACCAAAUCCUUCUGCGUGACUACCCAUCCUUUCAGGCCCACCGGGAUCAGUGUUGCACCACCCACAGGGGCCUUUCCUCGCUGCCAGAGGCAGCCUGUGUUUCUUGCAGGUGGACCCAUGCCCCCUUGCAUGUGGGAGCACAAUGAUGAGAUGAGAUCAGGAGGGAACUGCUCAAAGUGACUGGGAAAGGGAGCAGGCUCUCCAUGGAACCGGACUCGCCAGCACACCACUGCAGGGCAUGCUGAUUUAAGACUGUAGGGACCCUGUGUGGCCCACAGAGUUGUGAGGGCAAAUAAAUUAACUUUAUCUUU